GCCGCAACCUCCUCUAACUGCCCUGCGAACUUAUAUCAUCGGUGGGGGUGUAACGUUCAUGUUGCAAUGAGGAUGUUUAAUUGAGAAAUCCGGAGUGUCAAGACUUUUCUUUUUAUCAGAAGGGCCCUACGCGGGGUGUUUUGGAACUUAAUAGCCCCUUUUGCCUAUCCACUGCUGGAUGAAUGCCACUGCACACAAUAUCGGACAUUUGGGUAUUACCAUAAAGAACUUCGCCGCGCUGUGUCAGUUGUAUUAGUGAAGGAAUUUGUCUAGGAAUCGAUCACGGGUCGCUGGAAUUAGUAUCGCAGUGCGCGAGCCGCUGUGCCACCGCCCCACUGAAGUGAACAACCCCAGUAAUAGAUAACAAGAACAAGCUGCCGUAAAACUAUACUGCAGUAGCUCGUGUGUUAACUAUUUUCAUCGCCACCGUGUUUGUCGCUCGUUACGGCCGCAAGUCGAGCGCGCUUCUGGCAACUUUUUCCGCGUAGGCCGCGUUGCUAGGCGACGCCAGCUGAUAGCGCGCGCUCCCCAUUGGUGGAGCGCGCGGUCACGUGGUCACGUGGCUCCAUCCACGGCCUCCUCGCAGCCCAAGCGGCGGCGGUCCCAACAUCCUCGUUACAAUUCUCUCUCUUUUCGCGCCUUUAUAAGCAAGCGAUAGAAACUCGCACGCGUGAGUGCCAUCUAAAGUCGGUUGUUCGCGUCGUUAAGAGCGGGGGGCUGUUGUGGGGGCGAGCUCUGGACGCGGGAACAGGUCACGCCGCUGGGUCGCCACGUGUGGCAGGGAUGGCGGCGGCAGCAGCAGCUGGUGGUGGUGGCGGCGGCAAGAAUCUCCAGGAGAACGCGCUGCAGAGGAAGGAGCGGCUCAAGGCUCUGAGGAGCAAGCAGCUGCAGGCCAAAGGACAGGAGGAAGGAGAGCCCGGCGAGAAGAGGUUUGCCGAAGAGGAAACUAAACACAAAGAAUUAAAACUUCGCAACUAUACUCCAGAAGAUACAGAGCUGAAAAUGCGUCAGCAGCCUCAGGCCAAACCAGCAUCAGUUGAUGAAAAAGUCCAAGAUCAGCUGGAAGCUGGAAAGCCUCAACCAAUCAUCGAGGAAGUGGAUUUGGCCAACCUUGCUCCCAGAAAACCGGACUGGGACUUGAAGAGAGAUGUUGCCAAGAAGAUGGAGAAGCUCGAAAAGCGAACACAGAGGGCCAUCGCUGAGCUCAUCCGAGAUCGAUUGAGGGGACAUGAGGAGGAGCUGGCCAUGGGUGUUGAAACAGCCACAGGGAAUAAUUAUGACUCAGACUGAGGUGAUCAGUGUUAGUUUCCCUUCAAGUACACACAAACGGUGCUUGUCUGUGCAGUAUCUUUGCGUGUUUUCACAAGGAAUGUACAUUAAGUGCUCGUGGGAAUGUUAAAACGAUAGAAUUUUUCACAUUUUCCUGUAUAUAUUUUUAUUGCUUUUAAUAAAUACACAUGUGGCGGAUAUA